UGUGUUUUUUGUCGAUUGAGCUCAUACUCUGGACAGAUAUAGACCCUCUUGUCCCAUCUUACAGGUAGACGGAAGCGUGGUGUGGACUCGCAGUAGGUUAGAUCCUCUGGAGAGUCUAUCUUUGUGUGUGAGACGUGGGACCGCUAAGCAGCUCGACUAGACAGACUUGGACCCCACCGCCGCUGCUCACUAAUUCUGUCAUCAUCCUAACCAGCUCGACCCCGAUUUUGGCGAGCCACAAACUAUUCUCCCUUCUCCACCACACUUGAUCAUUCAUAUCUAUACUCAUCAUGGGCCUCUCAAGACAAGCGCGGAUCACCACAUUGCUCGUGAUCGAUUCAGCGUUCUUCCUUGUGGAACUUAUCACUGGAUACACUGUCGGAUCUCUCGCACUCGUUGCGGAUUCUUUUCAUAUGCUCAAUGACGUACUCUCCCUUGUCGUCGCUUUAUACACCAUCAAACUCGCCACCUCUCCUUCGUCCAAUGCCAAUUCGUACGGAUGGCAAAGGGCUGAAAUUCUGGGCGCAUUGAUAAAUGGUGUAUUCCUCGUGGCCCUCUGCGUUUCCAUCGCUUUGGAAGCUCUGGGCAGAUUGAUCGCUCCUCCCGAAAUCAGUAAUCCCAAGGUCAUCGUCAUUGUCGGGUCGUUAGGUCUCUUGAGUAAUAUCGUAGGAUUGUUCUUGUUCCAUGAACACGGACACUCGCACGGCGACCACUCUCACGGAUCAGGAUCAGAUGAACACGUCCCUUCUCGCGGAGAAAUCCAGCUGCCCACUAAUCGUAAUGAACGGUCUGAUUCCGUCGCUUCUCAGCUCUAUCAACAUCCCGCUCAGACCCGAGCGCAAGUCAUUGAAGCUGCCCAGGAAGCAGGAUAUGGUCGAGAAGAAAUCUCUUCAUCAUUCAUGGGGAAUCCCAUGUCGCCUCCCUCUGGCUCGGGAUCUCAUCGUCGAUCCAUGAGUCAAGGUCAGAACCGUCGAUCCAAACAUCAAUCCAUCUCUUCUAGACCUCGUCCUGCAAGACAUGGCAGCGGGAACAUCGUUCCACCUGCAGUUGGUACGAAUGAGAUCCGGGAACCAAGACAGAGACCUCAGAGCGUCCCUGCUGCGAAACCUGUGGGAAGUUCGGGGUUGGACGGAUCGAGUUCGGCUUCUUCAGACACCACUGCCGUGGUGGAGUCUGGAUCAAAUCACUCUCAUGCCAAGGAUCACGAUCAUAAACAUAAACACUCGAAAGACGUGAAUCAGGCUGAACAAGGUGGACAUGCGCAUCAACAUGACCAUGAUCACGACCACGACCACGGACACACUCAUGGCGAAGCGGUAAAUAGUGGACACGAUCAUGAUCACUCUCACGGCGGGGGCGGUCACGGUCACGGUCACGGUCACGGUCACUCCCACGGAUCCAUGAACAUGCGUGGAGUGUUCCUGCACGUGUUGGGCGACGCUCUCGGAAAUGUUGGCGUCAUCGCUGCUGGUCUAGUCAUCUGGUUCUGCGAAGGCAAAUGGACACUCUACUUUGACCCAGGUGUAUCAUUCAUGAUCACCUGUAUCAUCCUCCAUUCCGCCAUUCCACUGGUCCGCUCCGCAUCCUAUAUUCUCCUGCAAGGAGUUCCAUCCCACGUUUCCCUCGAAGACCUCCAUGAGGCCAUCCGUGAGAUAUCCGGUGUGGUAUCGGUACACGAGCUGCACGUCUGGCAAUUAUCCGAAUCGACCGUCGUGGCCAGUGUUCAUGUCCUCAUUGAACCGGGUGUCGACUACAUGAACGUUGCUGGUGGUAUCAGGGAAGUGAUGCACCAGCAUGGAAUUCACAGUGUGACUAUACAGCCAGAAUUUUAUUCUGGGAACGACGAUCAAUCGGAAACCGCUUGCCUCAUUCGCUGUCCACCUGAGGAAUGUGGCGAAGCUGUGACGUGUUGUCCACCCACUCCCGGCAAACUGGUCGAUGUGGAUGAGUCGGAAGAACAUGGGCACAGCCAUUAAGUAAAGCAGCAUGGGCCUCUUGAUCACUGUAGUAGCGUCUGACCAGUCCUUCGCGAGGGGGGAGGGAAGCACGACUCAAGUCAAGGAAGAUAACAUUAGGAGAGAUUUUGACGACAUUUAUUAGAGUACUAACGGUAUACCCUUCCGGCCGCGGCCAUCAUGUAACAUUCAAAGUAGCUAGCCAAGCUUUCUGGAGGUGAUCGGAAGCAGUGCUGUUGAUCAGGAGGCAGACACGUAGCAGCAGCAGCAGCAGCAGCAGCAGCUUCAGACAGUUGUCCCAUUGACGUCUGCGUCAUUCGCGU